AUGCGCGACAUCGACUGCAUCAAAGGCAACGAGAAGCUUCUCGAUGACUUGAGCAAAUGUGUCUUGGCUAGCUGUAAGCCAAAAGAAGCACUGAAAGCGGCGAAGAGGUUUCUUACUGAGUUGAUGGAUGCGCCCAUUCGAAACAAGACGGAACAAGGAACAGUCACUACAAUAGUCUUUGGAGUGCUAUCCUUGGGAGCCUACAUUCUUCGCGUAAUCGCACGCCUACCCUGGUUCGGCGGAAACUGGGGCAUUGACGAUUGGGUUAUGACUGCGGCCAUCAUACUCAUCAUCCCGCUCACGAUAUGCGCGUACCUUCUGAACCUUUUGGGGCUGGGUACGGAUAUGUGGAUGGUGUCUUUCGAGAACAUCACCAAGAUUCUCGAGAUCUUCUACUACACUGAGCUUCUCUACCUUGCGUCAAUCGCAUUGACCAAGAUAGCAGUCUUGCUCUUCUACCUUCGCAUCUUCCCUCACCAAGGUCUCCGGCGCGUCAUCCACGUUACCAUCGUAAUCUGCAUCAUGUACAUCAUCGCAUUCGUUACAGCGACUGCGCUGCAAUGCAUCCCGAUACGCAUUGCGUGGGAACACUGGGACGGCGAGCAUCACGGAAAAUGCAUCAACCUCAACGCCGAUGCCUGGGCUUCUGCCGCGGUCAACAUCCUUCUCGAUCUAGUCGUCAUUGUUAUCCCUAUGAGAGAGCUCAGCAAGCUUGCCAUGACCCGUCGACGCAAAUUUGGCAUCAUGUGCAUGUUCCUAGGUGGAGGCUUCGUCACCAUCGUCAGCAUCCUCCGCCUCAAAUACAUGAUCCAGUUUGCGCAAACCACCAACGUAACUUGGGAUUACCUACCCAUCGGAUACUGGUCCGCCAUCGAAGCCCAUGUCGGUGCCAUCGUCGCCUGCGCACCCGCAAUCCGCCAACUACAACGUUCCAUCCGCGAACGCAUCUGGCCCAAACAGAAGACACCAAGUCAAUACUACUAUGCCGAGAACUCCGGCAACAGCAGCAAGAAGAACAACGGCAGCAAAGACCUCAAGUCCCGCAUCUGGCUACCAAAGACCGAUCGCUCCCAACUGAGCACUCUGGGCCGGAGCAAGAUGGACAAAGACGACUUCGUCCGCCUAGACGAGUACGAGAUGGGCGUUGGCAUGGGCGGAGAGGACGACGUCCUCACAGAUAGGAAUUCACCGGAAAACUCAUCGGAAGGGUCGCUGGAUAGGUCGUUCAAGUCGAAUGAGGAUGUGCAGCCGUUGGCCGAUGUAGCGGCGCCGGCGCCGGUAGUUGGUUCUCCAAUGGGAGGUAUCAUGGUGCAGUCGGAGUACAGUGUUGAUCGGGGGAGCUCGCAUCCGAGUUUGCAGGCUUUACCGCCGAUUCAACAUAAGAAGGAGAAGUCGUUGGAUGCGAGGAGGUGGCUUUGA